GAGCUUGCCUGCAGGUCGAAGACAACGGGAGCUGUGGAGAGUCGGCAGAAGGGAUGGUGAAGCGCCUCGAGUGCGAUCUUUGGCAACUGGGGGAACAUCGAGGAGCUGGAUGUCGAUUUUGUGAAGGAGAUCUGCCGAAGGAGCAGGAUGGGCUGCAGGUUCCGGGGGAGGAAGCUUUGGAUUUGCAAGCCUGUUCAUGGACUCAGGCAGUGCAGUGGCAUGAGGAAGAAGUUCGUAGUCACUGGCAGUUGAAAAGAAUGUGGCUGGAUCAGUUGAAUCAGGUGGCGGUGGGAGCACAGCAGGGCAGCGAACACGGUGGAUGGCUUCAAGUCCUGGAAGAACAGUUGAUGGUCCGGGAGGAGUGCCUUCAACGCCAACAUGGAGCUCUUGAGAGUUGGAGGAUGGCGGCAUUGCAGGCGGCGGGGGGUUCAGGAGAAGGGGAAGAGCAGAAGCCCUCGCUGGUCCUUCAGACCUACACGGUGUCGCUUGCCCAAGUGCGAAGGGAGUUGCGCAAGUGGGUCAAACCCUUCAAGGAUGAAUAUGUUUACCGCGGUCGAUGGAUUGAAAUCAAAGUUAUGAAUCCUUUGCACCGAUUCAGCUCUACUGAAUCAGAUCAGCUUGGCCCAAGAACAAGCAUCAAUGUGACCAAGCAAACACGGACUACACUGAAGAAGCCUACGGAAUACUUUGUUGAAAUGUCUGCUUGGCGUGCCGACAAUCCCAAUCAAGAGCCAGAUCCAGAGAGUGUGGGUUGGGAAGAAGUAGAUGGGAAAUGGGUGCAAGGAGUCAACAUUUGCACAGGCCGGCGUGGGUACUUCAAGCGAGUCUGUGCAACAGACAAAUCAGUGAACCGUGUAUCUGAACUUCAUAGUGGAGAAAUGGAAGUGUCAGAGGAAGCAGUUGACAAGUACGAAGCAUACGCUGUCAAACAAACAACAUCCAAGUACAAGGCGAUCGAUGUCAGUGAACUACCAAUCUUUCAAUUCAUGGCACCAAGUGGCUUUUCGCAAAAAGCUUUACCACCUUUGUUUUCGGCUUCAUCAUCAUCAGGAGCAGCAUCACAUUCGCAAGCUUUGGUGCCAUUGCCAGCGCCUACACCCGCUCCACUCAGCGGAGGUGAUGCAGAAGUAGAUGAUGACAUCAAACCAUCCGAGGUGAUGCAUGAGCCAGUUCGCCGAGACAUGUCAUCAGGUUUGCUAUUUGCUAUGCCAGCAGCGACUGCAAAAGCCAAGUGCCUGGCAGCAACAAAAGCUGGUGCCAAAGCAAGCGCAAAGGCGCAUCCGAAAAGUCAUGCAAAGGCCAAGGCCAAAGCACAGACAAACAAGAGAAAGAAAGACACAGAACCUGAGAUCAUCACAAUGGAGUCAGUGGAGGAACCUGCUGCCAAGACUCGCAAGACAACAGAUGGUGACAAUGCAAUCCUUACUGAGUUCAACGGCAAAUUGAAUAGACUCAAGGAGGAAGGAUUUGCUAUGAUCCAAGACAAUGAUCAAGCUGUCACUGAAGCCCUGAAAAAGGGAAACAAAGAGCUCAUGCACUUGAACCAAUCCAUCAAGACAAAGAUCAAGUCAUUGGGCAGGCGCAAAGACAAUCCUGUGAUGCUGAAGGAUGGCCUCGACUCAUUGGUUGACAUCAUUUCUGAAUUUCAGAUUGUCUGCGCUGGGUUGAUCCACUUGAAUAUUGAUGAUACAGAAGCGCCCAGGUUCCUACAACAGAAGGUCUGUGAUGGUUGGAAGAUCAGUGAACCACUGAUGAAGCGCGCCUUCAAGACAGCAUUUAUGUCUCAUCUGAAGUAUUCAGACUGGGAAGCAAUGUGCUCAUCUACCAGACCAGCAUUGAUUGAGGAGUUUGGAGAUGCUCGCGGAAAUGAUUUGUUCGAGAUGUUUCUGAACGAAGUUGUCCAAAGGCUCCUGCGUUCAAUUCCUGCCAACAAGGUGUCUUGA